AAAGCUCGCGCCGGGACGGCAGGGAGGGGAUGUGGUGGCGUCGGGGCAGCCCUCUUCCUCAGCCUGCUCUCCAAUCUGAAUAGUUUUUUGUACAAAAUUCGGCGGUUCGACUGAAAACCUUUUCCCGAUUCUUUGCCCUUCCAAAGCUGGAUGAUAUCAGCGGCGCCUGGUGAUGAAUUCCGCCGUUUUCUUUUCCGACGCUCCUGUAGCUGUCAUGGAUCUGCAGCUAAGUCUCUUCGUCGCCCUCAAGCGCAAAUAUGGAAAACUCACAGAAGAAUUUCAAAACAAGCCAAUCCUUGAGUUAGGAGUUAACCAUCGAGACUUCAAGAAAGAGAUCCCAGAAGAAUGUUUCCUCCACCACGAGUUCUACUUAAACAUUUCCAACAUUUUCAUCCGGAGCGACUUUGUUUACGGCCCGGUCGUUGACUUGUUUGUGUGCGACUGUUAUCACAGCGCCAGCAGAAAGACGAUCCUCACCGUCGGAGUGGGUGGAUCCGGGAAAAGCACGCUGGUACAGAUCUGCUGUGUGGAGUGGGCCGAGCACCGCGGCACGCCGGACAUUUCCUGCCUGCUGCCGUUCGCCUUCUGGGAGUUGAACCUGAUCAAGCACAAAGUGAGCCUCGUUCAGCUCCUGCAGACGUUUUACCCCGAGCUGAAGAAGAUUGACGGCUCGCGGCUAAACCACCCCAAAGUGUGGUUCAUCUUCGAUGGGCUGAACGAGUCCAAACGCCGGCUGGACUUCAGCUGUCCGCCUGUGACUGACGUUUCCACAGCAGCUCCGGUGGACGUGCUGGUGACCAAUCUGAUCAGGGGAAACCUGCUUCCUAGAGCGCACGUCUGGCUGACGUCUCGGUAUUCCUGGGCCGCUCAUAUUCCUGAAUGCCAUCUGCUGGCAAAAACAGAGUUGGAGGGCUUUACAAUCAGUCAGAGGAAGGAGCACAUCUUCGAUAUUAUCGGUGACUCUAAAAUGACUGACAGAGUGAUGGAUCAUAUGAGGCUCCAGAAGAGUCUGGACCAACUCUGUCAGAUUCCUCCCAUUUGCACGAUCACUGCAAAUGUUUUGAAGACCCAUCUUAAAGGAAAAGACGGACAUAAGUUGUAUCCUCUCAGUCUGACGCAGAUCUACACUCAGGCUUUGAAUCUGCAGAAGACGUCUCACCCCGAAACCCUUUCCAAACUAAAGAACUUGGCACUGCUUCGCUUCGGAGAGGAAAACCUCAUGUAUGAGGAGGACCUUCAGAAGACGGGCAUCGGUGUUGAGGAAGCGUCGGCUUUUUCCAGAAAGUACCCCUUCCUGCUGAAGAAAGAGCGGGGUCUCCACAACACCUCGGUGUUCCGCUUCGCUCACUUCAGCGUUCAGGAGUACUUGGCCGCGAGCUGCAAGCUGGACGAGAUCGAGGCCAAGCAGCCGUCCCUGCACACCGACCUCUGCAAGAAGUUGGUGGAGGAGGCGGUGCACGAUCCCCUUGGAAAGUAUGACGUCUACGUGCGCUUCUUCUUCGGCCUCCUUAAGGAGCGCCGCCUGCUGAAACCGUCCGACAGGUUCUUCCUCUACACGAAGAAGAUGGUCCUGGAGUACGCCCUGUCCGAUCGCUCCGUCUGCCUGCUCCUUUCUCUGAGGGAGUACGACAGCAGGGCUUUCCUGAGCGAGUUCGAAGACUUUCUGAAUAACGGCUUCUCCAGUCCCAUUGGAGACUUCUCGGCGGUGCAUUGGAAUCUCACCCUGGGAAACGUCAGGAUCAUUGAUGGGCUGCAGGAGCAUUUUGAGUUGGACGCUGCAGAGAAAUGUGACGAGAAGCUCCUCAAACAGCUGCCGGAAAUGUUAAAAUCUGUGACGGCCACGCUGCGGUUCUCUAACCUGACGGACAGGUGUUGUCCCGCCCUGGGGUCCGUGCUGAGCAUGGGGGAGUCGCACCUGAGAGGGCUGGACCUGGGCUACAACAGCAUCACCGACGAGGGCGUGAAAGUGCUGGCGGAGGGACUGAGCGACCCGAGCAGCAGGCUGAAAUACCUGCGUCUGCAGGGCUGCGGCCUGGGCGCCCGAGCCUGUAAGUAUCUGUCGGCGGCCAUGAAGCGAGCGCCGAAGCUGCUGGAGCUGGACCUGAGCUGUAACGACAUUGGAGACCGGGGCCUGCAGAACCUCGCGUGUGGACUGAGGGACCCAAGCUGCCGCUUAGAAGGUCUGAGACUGUCGCAGUGCCACAUCGAGCCACAGGGCUGCGCUCACCUGGCCUCGGCUCUGCAGGAGAACCCGUCCUUCCUGAAGUAUCUGGACCUGAGCAUCAACCCCAUCAGAGACGAAGGAGCCGUCCAGCUCUCCAAGAAGUUCGACCUGUCAAAGCUGCACAAGCUGGAGAUGAACCACUGCGAACUCACCCGGCUGAGCUGCGGCGGCAUCGGAGAAGCUCUGGGCUUGGAGUCCAGCGUUCUGUGGGAGCUCAACCUGAGCAACAACCCUCUGAGCGACAAGGGAUUCCAGCUCCUCUGCGAGGGCAUCCGCAAAUGGGCCACGCUGACUCAGCUCAAGGUCUCCAGGUGCUGGAUCAACGCCAAGGGCUGCUCACAGCUCACCAAGGUGCUGUGUUCGGUCAUGCAGUUCCCCCAGGGGGCCAUGCAUCAUCUGGAGUGGUCGAGACUGCAGCUGAUUGAACUGGACCUCAGCAUGAACUGUCUGGAAGAUAAAGGAGGAAAAGCCAUCGCCGCAGGCCUGACGAAAUCCCUCAUCUACCUCAGGACGCUGAACCUGAGUCACUGCUGCCUGAGCGACGAGUGCUGUGACGAACUGGCGUCCGGACUGGCGUCCAGCGACAGUAGGAUCAGCGAGCUGGACCUGUCCGGAAACGAGCUCCAAGACCGCGGCGUGAAAAAGCUCUGCGUGGGGCUGAAGAGUCGGAGCUGUACCCUCACCAGUCUGGCCCUGAGGUGCUGCCAGCUCACCUCCAAGAGCGUCACGUUCCUGGUUGCUGCCUUGAAGUCCAACCCGCAAUAUCUGGCCGAGCUGCACCUGAUGGGGAACAGCAUCGAGGACUCUGACGUCGAGGGGCUUUUGGAGCUCAUCAAGAACCAGAAAUAUGCGCUGGAGAUGAUCGAUGUGACUGUGGAUUAAAGGACCAGAAAAACAUUUUGGAUUUCUUCAUCACAACUACUUCUACUUUUUUUUUUUUAUGCAUCAAGGGUUUGUUUUUAAUUUUUUUUAAUCAUUUUAUUCUUCAGAAACAAAUUCCGAUGAGCAGAUUAAUACAAAAAAUCUGUAACAAAAACAAAAUGAUUAAAGAAGAACUUUGAUUGGAUGGCAAAACCGUUUUUUGGUGUUUGUUUAUUUGGUUGCUUUGAAUGUCUUUUUAGUUUGUUUAUAAUACUUGUAAAUACAUUUUUAGCCAAUUUUCUAUGUCAAACAAAUGUGAACCUUUUGCAAAGUUUGUUCAAUAAAAUGCAGCAAAUUUUUGGGGC